AUGGUAAUGAACUUUUUUUUUUGUAAAUUCUUGAAUAUUUUCUCAUUUCCCUUUGCAGAUGAUUGCGGUGAUCAUGUAGUUGUUAUUAAUACAAAGGAAAUCGCAUUACCUGGUGAUGAAUGGGUGAAACGUGUAUACUUCCAUCACACUGGUUAUCCUGGAGGUGCCAGUUGGACUCUCGCUUGGCAAUUACAUGAUAAAGAUCCCACUAUGGUAAUGCACAAAGCGGUCUAUAAUUCAAUGAAAGGCAAUCUUCAACGUCGUCACACAAUGCAGAGGCUUCAUUUAUUUGCCGAUGAUAAUGUUCCUGAGGAAAUUUUAGCAAAUGUAACGAAUCAAAUUAGAACACCACGUGAAGUACCACAGCGAUUAGAUCACAUAGACAAGGAAACCUUGGAAAACUUCCCUUCAAUUAUGGAUUAUCCAAAAGAUUAUAUUUUACGUUAAACUUUAAUAAAUUCGUUGAAAAGUGUUUUGUUAAAUCAAA